AUGGGGAAAGCCGGUCGCGUUGCGUGUAUCUUCACGCCCUAUGUCUUGACCAUCGCAUCAUUAAUUUGCAUCAUUAUGGUGGGAUUAGGUUGCACAAAAGCCAGUUCUGAUACUUUGAACAAUUUAUACUUCAUUCGUCUCGACCUCUCAAACAUCAGCACAGCAUCAGCAAUUACAUCAGAAAUCACAGAUCGCCUUAAUGAUGCUCAUAUCACUUCCGUCACUGCAUCGGAGAUUGAAGAGACCAUCACAACCUUGAAGAAUGAUGCCGACAUCGCUGGUUUCUACGACAUUGGUCUCUGGGGUUACUGUGAGGGAAAUUCCACCAAGGGCAAAAAUACCAUCUCCUCCUGCACAGAUCCCAAGGCUCAGUUCUACUUCAACCCGUCUUCAGUACUGGGAAUCAGCGAGUCCCAGCUUGAGAAGGAGCUUGGUAGCGGAUUCAAGAAGACCCUGAACGUUUACAAAGCCGUCUCCAAGUGGAUGUUCAUUGCCUACCUAGUUGCCUUCAUUGCAACUUGCGCCCAGGUCUUGCUUGGUAUCUUUGCCAUCUUCAGCCGCUGGGGCAGCUGUGUCACCACCAUUGUCUCGAUUGUUUCAUUCCUCUUCACUCUCGGCGCAUCGCUUACCUCGACCAUCAUGUUCUCCAUCGCAAAGGGCUCCCUCGGCACAGCCCUCAAGGUCUAUGGUGUCGAUGUAGGCCUGGGUAAGAACAUCUUUGCCGCCACUUGGCUGGCAGUCGCUUUCUCUCUGGGAGCUACCAUCUUUUGGAUGUUCAGCACCUGCUGCUGUUCCGGCCGCUCGCCCUACGGCCACAAAGACCGCCACAACACCCGCGGUGGCGUGACUGCAGAAAAGGCCCCUUACACUUAUGAGCCCAUAGGUGCCGCCCACCCUCCCUACGGUUCUCAGCCCAAUGCUCAGCACGGCUACACCACCUCAUACCCCCCUGCCCCUAACUACAAUAACGAUAUCCCCAUGACCCACCACAACCAGCACUCAAGCGCCUACGAGCCCUACCGUCAUUCUUAA